AUGGCCUCCGAUCCCCCUUCAGUCGAGGAUCUAAGUGAUCGUCGGCCAAGACAAAUAUCAAGCGACAGUCCGCGGACAACAAGAAGCAAAAGACAUCUACGGUCGUCGUUACCGACUCGGGUGAGCAGUGCCUGCGAACGAUGCCGUCUCCAUAAAUCUCGGUGCGAUCCUUUCCGACCGUGCACGCUCUGUGUCAGAGCCAAUGUGGAUUGCCAGGCUCUGCCGGCGCAGCAGAAGGAUGCUGUUCGCAACCGAGUGGCAUCCCGACGUACCCUGAGGAAUUCUAGGCGUCAGUCGAAACCCCCACGCAUGGGCCCGGCCGAGCAGCCGCCGGACCGUGAGGACAGUCCUCGCCAUGAGGUGGAAGGGCCGGACGCUAAUGCGCCCGGCGCUGACUUUCUUCCGGCGGAUGAGCACAGCGCCCGCGCAGCCAUCGACUGUGGCGAGGCGGAGUCGGCCAUGGGGCUGGCGCGCAAGAUCUGUGAACUGGGCAGUCAGCACAUCGACGAGCGAACGACAUUUGCUAUCCCAGGAUACCGAGCAAGUACCAGUGCGCCCGUCGCGCAGUCGGCCGUCGCUGGCCAACGGCUCCCCAUUGCCUCGAUCUUGGGCCAGCCAUUACCCAUUGGGGAGUUGAUGAAUGAGUUGUUGGAGGAGUAUUUCGAUGCCAUCCAUUGGUUCUCGCUGGUGGUGUACGAACCGAAAUUUCGUAGACGACUGCGCUCAAUCGAAGAUGGCUCGGCCUACCCAUCCCAGAAGCCGUUUCUCUUGCUGUUGGCAGUCAUGCUCGGAAUGGCAGCUUGGUACCGAUCACAACGGAAUCGCGACGCCGAAGACACGAGGGAUCAUUGGCGACAAUGGAGUGCCGACCUCAUAAAGAUCGUCGAAGCGGACCUGGUGGAAUUGAUGGACCAGCCUUCAGUGACAGCCGUGCAGACCUGUAUCCUCCUCGGCUCGCACCAUGUCUACCAUGGUCGACCGAACCUCUCCUUCGCGCUCUUAGGCGCCACGAUCAAAAUGUCUCAAGCGCUGGGCAUGCACCGGGAGCCCGUCCAGGGUGAAUUCGGAGACAUCGAAGAAAGAAAGCGAGUCUGGUGGACGAUCUACACAUGGGACCGGUUUGCGUCCAUUACCUACGGUCGGCCUCUGGGGAUCAACGACAAAGACUGCAAUCUGAGCAUGCCCGCUGAUAUGCUAGAGAACCCAUCCUUCACCACACCAGGGCCCGGCGACAACAACAACAUGAUAUGCUAUUCUGCGUACCAGCGUGAGUUGAACCGUCUGUACCUGAUCGCAUCCCCGGCGCUGGAAGCGGUAUUCGGUUCACGGACCUUUCGUACAUCGCAACAGCUGACCGGGAAUCCAUAUGCUUCUCUGGUCAAGCAUGCCACCCAGGAGCUGCAAAGAUGGCGAGCCUGCCUCCCAGCUCAUCUCGCAUUAGAUCUCGAGCGAGACUAUCAUCCGGACGGAGAACCCGGGUCGAGGGCGCACGCGUUACAGUCGCUAUCACUGCAACUCACAUAUGACAACGUCUCAUCGUUCUCCAUCGGCCUCUACUCGCACGACAAGUCGACCAUCUCACCUCAGCCACACGGCCACCGCACGGCAGCAGCGACGGCGGUUCACCCGCAUCCCAUCCGGCGGCUGCAUCCCAGUUCAGACCUAUGGAUGAACGCAGCCGUGCGAACAGCCCGCGUAACCGAAAUGCCCGUGCUCGCCCAGCUGGCAACGGACAGUCACCUGGUCGCCUUCCUCGCAAUCAACCUCUUCAACGCUGCCAUCGUGCUGGUCGUGAUGGCGCUCUCCGAACCCCUGUCCGAUACAGCGCAGGUCGUCAAACGGACCAUCACACGGAUCCUGCGUCUGCAGGACCUCAUCGGGACCCGAUCCGCCUUGUCCAAACAAAGUACCACGGUGCUCAAGAACGUGGUUACCAUGCUCCUCCGGCGCGAGUCGGAGGUCAUAUUCGGGCCCAUCACCGGGUUCCCCCAGAGGCUUGGGCAUCAUGUCACGCAGGAUCCGACCAGCCUCGGCCGCAUGUCCGUUGAGGAUACGCUGCGACUACCCCUAGAUGGCACCAUAGGUCUAUCCGAUCCAAUAGUGGGCAAUCAUAUCCGGCCUGAUCCGGGUCGGGCGGUUCGGCUGAACGAGAGCUUGACCACUGUCCAUCAUGUUCUACCACCUGGGAAUGACCGUUCUGUCCAUACUCUCUCCGGUGAAAGCUCUCAGACGCAUCCGCCACCUGAUGAAAACGCCGAAUCGCAAUUCGCCCUACAGGUCCCCAUGGACUAUGGCUGGGACGGUGCUGGCGCCGUCCCAAUGGGGGUGGAAGACCCUUAUCUAGGCAAUGGUGAAAGCGGCAUGUAUUGGUUAUGGGAUAUGACAUGGGACGGGAUGGGCGUUUAA